GAAUCCGAAUCCGAAUCGUCUCUAUUGGCCAAAUGGGCUCAAAGAAAUGAGGGAUUCAUCUCCGGUGGUUUGAGUCGCUCCAAAUGUUUCCGUUCAGCAAACGUGCUGAAACGAAUCCAAUCUCAACCGAGUUCGAGAAAAACAGCAACACUUCCAAUCUUAGCUUGCUCUUAUCGCUAGCACAGCAAAACGUUUAUAUUGCUACUGUAUGGGUAACACAAUUGUUUGGAAGUGAAGAAAUCGCUCCUAUUUUGUAACAUUCAAAUGUAUUCACAUUUUUAAAUGAACAAAAAGAGCUCCAAUCAAAAUGUGAUGUCUUGCACUCCAGAAAUCGCGGCAAUCAACAGGUGUGCCGUCGCCAUCGCGCAUUUUGUUUGUACAGAUGUUCCGUCAUCUUAAACCCCUUUGCAACUCUUAAACUUGCAGUAAUGCGCAGUAGUUCUGUCCUCCGUGUAACCUUUGAGUCCUUGUAAUAGGAAUUGUUCUUUUGUUGCUUUUUUAAAAACUGUUUUCGGCUAUGAAGCGUUUAUGUGGGCGCAAAAUAAUGACAGCAUGCACUGACAAUCUUGCGAUUUGGCGAAUUAUGCGCGAUAUUUGGGAAAGACGAUCUGCCGCGCGGUGACUGCGCGAUGUAGAAAGAAAGAAAAGAACAAACUGAAAGUGUCUUUUAGUUUGUUUGUACUUUGCGUCUUCCCAGCAAAGCCGCUUCAGCGCGCGUGCGCGGACGUCGCGUUCACCUGAGACACGCGCGCGCGCACGUCGCUUCCCACGCCAGAGAGCAGCAACUUCUCCUUUGACGAGUUCCAAUAUGUAAACAAAACGGAAUAUUUUGUAUUUUCCCUCCAAAUUCUACACCAAAAAAAUCCAUAGUGACAAUAUGAUUUUUUUUUGCAGAUUUAUUCAUAUAAACAUAUAUCACUUGACGUCUUGACGUGGGUCUUCAAUUUCAUCCAUUUUGUUGGCGAAGUGAAGCUUUUCACUUGUAAACACAGUUAAAAACUUUAACCUAAAGAUUGCGGGAUAAUGUGAUUUUUGGGGUCAUAUUUCCUGUCAUAGUUAAAAAAAAGCAACCCAAAAGUGAGGCGUGUCAGCAGGCGCCCGGAGGAAGCAGAUGGGCGCGUCCCGGUGAGGCGCGGCGGCUCGUCGCUGCGUGCGCGCGCGCGCGCGCGCUUAACGUCUGCUCGCGCUCGCGUCGCGCGGAUGCAACUGGUUGUCGUCGCCCUUUUUGUGUUUCAGGUGCGCGAGCCGGCAAAAGUGACAGCAAAGAAAGAGACGGAGACCGCGAAAAGAAACAUUCGAAAUGGGCAGGAAGAAGAUUCAGAUCGCCCGCAUCGUGGACGAACGCAACAGACACGUGACCUUCACCAAGCGCAAGUUUGGCCUGAUGAAGAAGGCGUACGAGCUGAGCGUGCUGUGCGACUGCGAGAUCGCGCUCAUCGUCUUCAACAGCACCGACAAGCUCUUCCAGUACGCCAGCACCGACAUGGACAAGGUGCUGCUCAAGUACACCGAGUACAACGAGCCGCACGAGAGCCGGACCAACGCCGACAUCGUCCACACGUUGCGCAAGAAAGGCCUCAGCGGCAGCGAGAGUCCCGACGUGGAGGCGGACGACUCUGCCGGUCAGAGCCCCGACGCGGACGACAAGUUCCCCAAACUGCUGGACGACGACAUCGACCUGAUGCUCACCAGGCACAGGAUCUGCGGUCUGCCCGUCUCCAACUACGACAUGGGCAUGAACGCCUCCCCGCUGCUGUACUCCCACCCUGGCAUAGGGGGCGCCGCGGGCGACCACAACCUGCUGCCGAUCCACCAGGCCGCCGUGCAGAGGAACGCCGUGUCCCCCCGGCGGCCCCCCGGCGGCGGAGACGCAGGCCUGUCGGGUUCCGAGCUGACAAACGCUGUUGUCGGCGUGGGAAACGGCAUUUACGGCAACCGGUGCCCCUCCCCCGUCACCAUGUCGCCGGAGGGCGUUCGAGACAAAAGUCCGCCGAUGAGCGCGAGCCGCAAGCCCGACCUACGACCCCUGAUGCCGCCCGCCAACCAGUGCGGCGACAUGCCGACCAUGAACGCUCGGAUCAAUCACUCCCAGACGGCGCAGACGCUGUCCAGUCCCGCGUCCGCGUCCGCCGGGACGGGCGGCUACCCGUCCUCGCUGUCGUCCUACGGCGCAGAUUUCUCGCUGGGCGGCGAGCUCUCCUCCCUGACGUCUUUCGGGUCGGCCGGUCCGGACUCCGGCUGGCGGCGGCGGCAGCAGCAGCACCAGCUUGUCCGCGACCUGCGCGACCUUCCGCUCGGUCACAUGGGGGAUUUGUGUCAGAACGCCAACGUCAACUUCCCGUCGGGCCACCAGAACCUUCACAUCAAGUCGGAGCCGGCCUCGCCCCCCCGGGAGUGCGGGGGGGCGGCGGCGCUGACCGGCGCCCGUCUGGGCCGCUCGCCCGCCGACAGCGCGUCCAGCUGCGGGAGCUCGUACGACGACGGCGACUUCCUCCUGCGGCCGCCGUUCGAUCGGGACGAGCGGCGCAGCCCGUCCGUCAAGCGCGUGCGGCUGACGGAGGGCUGGGCCACAUGAUGGAGAGGGGAAGGGGCGGGGCUUGUCACGGGUUGCUUUGUAGUGUUCAUUCUUCAAUCAUCUCAUUGGCUGGGUUCGAAAUCUAUCACGAGUCACUAGAUAGGGAUUUUUUUUUUUUUUCGUGUCGGGAACGAUGAAUGAUUCGGAACGCAGUCGCUGCGUUCAGAAUCAUUCAUCGUUCCCGCCUCCCGAAUAGCUACAAAAGGGAUUUUUAGACUGCAGUCCCUAAAAGGUCCAGUGAAAAUCCCUUUGGAGUGAUUCAGGACUACGUCAGGAAUGAAGAAUGAUUCCGAAUGCAGCGACUGCAUUCGGAAUCAUUCUUCAUUCCUGACUCCUGAAUCACGACAGGAGGAUUCCUAGUGGACUGUUUAGGAACUAUCUACUGGAGGUCCUAUGUAUAAAAAUUCCAUGAUGAUCUCAUGUGAUUUAGGGAAUGAGUAAAUGAAUUCCAACACACCCCGUUAUCGUUUUCAUAAUCCCGUAUUUAGUGGGUGUGCCCUUUGUGUUUAUGAGGCGGAGCGCCGGUCGCCAUUGUGACAAACUUGUGAGUCAAAGCUCAUUUGUAAAAAUCAGCAAUCGAUGAAAAAAUUAAAAUAAAAUAACUUGUAAUGGCCCACUCGAGUGCAGCUAAUGCUUAUUUUUAGUGUACACGCUAAUUAAAGAAAAAGUCCAAAGGAUCCACAAGGGCACCCUGAGGAACCCCACUGGUUACAUGUGACAUUACGAUGGGAGAGGGAAAAAAAUAAGUAUAAUUUAUUUUGUAUUUAUUUAUGUAUUUAUUUAUUAAAUAGUCAUUUGACAUCCCCAAAAGUCAUUUUUACAAACAAGUUUUGACUCAUAAGACUUAAACCAAGUAGAAUUUAGGACACACUGUCAGAGGGGGAAAAAUACAUUCACCACGAGAGUAAAGUCGUUUUUCUUAAUAUGACAACUUUUUCUCCGUUUUUUUUUUUUAAACAUUACUUUUUUUCUCAUAAUGUUAAAAAAAAUGCCCAAAACCUUUUGGGGGAAAAUAUGACUUCAUACCUCAAAAUAAUACCUCUGUUCUUGUAAUGUUAAAAAAAGACUCGGCUUUAAUGUCUUUCAAAAAGUAGUUUUCUUCUAAUGCAAACAAUAAUACAAAACAAUGCAAUUAUUUUAUUGACAAAUAGGGGAUGGUGAAAACAUUUUUCUCGACUUUUAACCUACCAAAUAAAUAAAUAUAUAUGUGUGUUUAUCUCCGUUCCUCACCUAUGGUGACGAGCUGUGAGUCGUGACCCCAAGACCGAUGCCGGAUACGAGCGGCCGAAAUGAGUUUCCUCCGCAGGGUGUCCGGGCUCUCCCUUAGAGGUAGGGCGAGACGCUCGGUCGAGCGCCGCUGCUCCUCCGCAUCGAGAGGAGCCAGCUUGAUAUGUCUAUGGCGGCACGGCGGACGACCACUUAGCACAUCUGCCUCACACUUGUGAGGUUGCCCCGCCGGUGUGGAGUUUGCACGUUCUCUCCGUGCCUGUGUGGCUUUUCUCCGGGCGCUUCGCUUUCCUCCCACAUCCCAAAAGCAUGCGUCCGAGGUUAAUCGGAGAUGCUAAAUUAAAAAAUUUUACAACUCCGAUUUCCCGCUUUUACGGAACGCAGCAUUUAGAUCUAAAACGAAUUAAAGUUCAGGUAAUUAAUUGUCUUAAUAUUAUAUUUUGUUUUCUUACAAAAAUGCAAAUAUUUUUCUGAAUAAAAUGAAAUUUGAUCCUAGAAUUAGUGUUUUAUUUUUGAGAAAAUUUGAUUAUCCUUUUACUUUUUUGGGGAAAAAAUUAAUGGCUGACAUAAUUGCUACUGUAAGAACAUAACUUUUUGGUGAAAAUGUACCCUGCAAAAAUAUUUUUCUAAAGUUGUAUUCUUGUAAUAUAAUAUUUUCCCCCAAAAAGAUGUCUUUCUAAAAAAAAAAAAAAAAAAAAAAACAUCUUUACUCUCUUAGAAUGCAUAUUUGUUUUCUUCUUCGUGUGUUCCUAAAACUCAUUCUUGUCGACUUUCAGCUGAAUGAAUACUUGUUCGCAGCCAUUUUGUGGGCGGGGUCAAAAGAACCCGAACGAAUGUUUCAAAACAAAUGUUU